AUGAGGGAUAAAUUAGAGGUCCCAAAGUCAAGCGAAGUUUUCGGCAGUGUCGAAGAUCUGGGUGUUGGCGAUCUGGGUGCCGGCUGUGAUGCUGGAGUAUUUGGUCUACUUACAUGCGGAGGUAACGGUGGAGGUGGCAUAAGAUAUGAGUCGACCCGAGAUUUCAGAGACUUCCCCGUAUCCCCAGAUUGUUCGGAUUCGUUGCUUGAAAGUGCGCACUCGGCGCAGAAGCUGAAGUUAGCCAACACGCCAUCUCUCCCGCACAAGAUACAUAACCGAACAACUUUCCCAGUCGUGCGUACAAUCGCGCAAUUGGAACAGUACUCAUAUGUGCUGGAUAUGAGUUCUUUUCCACACAACUUGCAUGCCGGGGGAGGUUUAACAACCAAGCUGCGCCUGGAAGAAGAAGUCUUUGACGGACCCAUGCUCCAAGAUUGCAGUUGCUUUGCCGAGGUGGCACGAUCUGCUUCGCAAGCGAGUCUAGUAAAGGAUGUACCACAAUGCUUGUAUGGCAGUGCUAUAUUGAGAAAUUAA